AUGCCCCCGAUCCCCUCGAUGGAGGAGUGCAGGUACAUUGCCCUCCAACUCGAGAAGGGUGGCUAUGAGUCCAUUCCACCGCCAAAGGAGCUCGACCUUCUCACGGCCGCCGAAUUCCGUUUGCUUGUUCAGCAGGCACUGGGCUCAUACCGACCGGCUCCGACGAGACGAUGGCGGCUCGGAAUAGCUGGGGCGCUGCAGAGCAACGCGCGGCAUUUCUCGGGCCUCGAGGGCAUGGCUCAGGAUGCGGCGACGGUUGCUGAACUGAAGCAACUGACCUCGCACAUCUCUGCAAAGGCCGAUGAGCUGGAGAAGAACCCCCCUUUUCAGCCGUUCGGCCGCGAGGAAGCCAUCGCGCAGGCAGCCGCGAGCUGGUUCAAGCACGAGUUCUUCCGCUGGGUCGAUCCCAUCAAGUGUCCCGCGUGCGGGGGUGAGACGCAGUGCACUGGUUCUGACAGUCCGAACAUCACUGAGCGACAAGGAGGUGCAACUCGGUGUGAGAUCUGGACUUGCAACAGCUGCCAAACACCACGCCGCUUCCCUCGGUUAAACGCUAUCGAUGCACUGAUCAAGAGUCGGGAGGGAAGGUGCGGCGAGUUUGCUCAGCUGUUUUACGCCGUCUGCCUGGCGCUUGGACUCGAGGCACGCUACGUCUGGAACUCCGAGGACCAUGUCUGGACCGAGUUCUGGAGCCCGACGGCGGGACACUGGGUGCAUGUCGACAGCUGCGAGGCUGAGGUCGGCAAGCCGCAACUCUACGACCGCGGAUGGGGGAAGAAGCAGGCUUACUGCCUUGCCUUUGGCCCGUAUGGUGCCGAGGACGUCACACGGGCGUAUGUCGAUGACUGGGGAGAGUGUCUUCAGCGCCGCGCCGAGAAGCGUUUCGGACCGGACGGACAGCCCACCGGCGAGCGGGAUCUGGCUAGAGCUCUCGCGACAUACACUGUCCGACAGCGCCGGAACAUGAGCGAAGAGGAGAAGGCACGUCUUUCGAGUAUGGACGAGGCGCAGGCGAGGUGGAUCGCCGAUGAGAAGCGGCGCGAUCGCGAGGCGGAGGAGAGGGACCUGAGGGGCAAGGGAAGGGAGAGCGGAACACAGGAGUGGAAAGAGGCGCGCGGCGAGGACGGUAAGAAGGAUUAG